CGGAGCGCUGGAUGCCUUUUCUGCCCGGCCGGGCUGCUGAAGCCCCGACCGCUCCCUCUGCCCCUCCUGCCGGGGAUGGGAACGGGGGAGCCGGCCAGUCGCUGCUAGAGCUUGUGCUGGUUGUAGCCGAUUCACCUGCGAACUUUUCACUACGUCUAAGAUGGUGCGUGAACAGUACGCAACAGCCACGGAAGGCACCGACGUACAGAGGCCGGAGAAUCAGCACGUCUGCAAAGUCGGUAUCUACGGCUGGAGAAAGCGUUGCCUCUACCUGUUUGUUCUUCUCUUACUCAUCGUAUUUCUGGUGAACUUUGCUCUUACCAUUUGGAUUCUCAGAGUGAUGUGGUUUUCCCCAACAGGGAUGGGCCACUUGCGUGUGACAGAGAACGGGCUUUACCUGGACGGGGAAUCAGAAUUCUUAUUCCCGUUGUAUGCCAAAGAAAUACGCUCCAGAGUGGACUCCCCUCUGCUGCUGCAGUCCACUCACAACGUGACGGUCAAUGCCCGCAGCUCUGACACAGAGGUCACAGGCAGGGUCACAGUGGGUCCCAAAAUGGUAGAAGUCCAGAGUCCACAGUUUCACAUCAAUUCCAAAGAAGGGAAGCCGCUGUUCACUGUGGACGAAAGCCAAGUUCUGGUCGGCACGGACAGACUGCGAGUAACAGGGCCUGAAGGGGCUCUUUUCGAACAUUCAGCGGAGACACCCCUUGUAACCGCCCACCCGUUUAAGGAGCUAAGAUUAGAAUCUCCCACGCGAAGCCUGAGCAUGGAUGCCCCACAGGGCGUUCACAUCCACGCUCGAGCCGGGAGCAUCCAGGCCCUUUCUCAGAUGGACAUCGUUUUUCACGGCGGCGACGGUCGGCUCGUGCUUGAUGCUGAAACUCUGUGUCUACCCGAGUUGGCUCAGGGGACUGCGGGGCCCACUGCCAGCUCACAGGGACUCUACGAGAUCUGCGCGUGUCCAGAUGGGAAGCUUUACCUGUCUGUGGCUGCCGCAGACACCACGUGCCACGAAAACAGCCACGUCUGUCUCUGAACCAGCCACGUUUUCCGUGGAGCUCUGCUGUGUCUCAGCGAACCUGAAAUACUGACCUCAAGCGACGUGAGACCCUGGGAAGAGGAGCGGGUAGGUGGCAGAGGACACACUUCCAAAAGGCGCUCAGAAGGAAAAGCGUGCCCAUGAAGGUGUUCAGACGACGUGUGUGGGUGUUAGAUGCGAAAGUCAAAGCAACGCCAGUGGACUGUUUAUUCCUCCAGACUGAGUGUCGUCAGAACUGUGCGAAUUCCCUUUUCCUUUCUCGUACGUGUCAAUCUACCAGGAGAUCCUGAACGGCUGUGUGGGAUUGAUCUGUGGUGUUCCAGUGUGGCUGUCUGAUGCCCCAUAGAAGUGGCAUUGGUCAGCACCCCGAGUUCUGCGAGGUGCUUCUCUUACAUCACUCAAGCCUGCGAGUUCCCUCUUCAUUUUAAUGUAGUUAUGUCUCGGUUCACAGGAAAGUCCUUCUUCGGUUUAAAAGGGACUUCAAGGUUGCGCUGAUGUUCAAUAUGUAGUCAAAGGAGUAAAUUACACAAAAUUAAUCACGCUUUCUGUAUUGUCAAUGAGCAAUAAAAACCAACCUCUGCUUGUCACCAACUUCA